AUGGCGGCUAAUCCCGCAACCACAACAACCCCGAUAAGAAUUCUUAUUCCUCAACUUCUGUCCCCUUUUGGCGAUCAGCCCAAUCGUAACCAUAGUCACGGAGAUAGUUGCUACAACGAAGAACAUGACAAAUUAAAUCUACUUCCCGAAUAUGAGAUAAAAACUCAUUACCUAAUCCCAGCCCUCGCGUGGUCGGGAUUAAAUAGAAGGGAGAGAAGAAAUGCCCUCAGCAGUCAAUUCCUCAGGGGGCAAAAAAUAAUUUCCUCGGCAGUGCCGUUUAUUUUUUGGCGAUUAAUUGGCGAGUUUGUUGAACUACUGCCUGGAUUUUCUGUGGAUAUCUUCUGUGUCCUCUAUAUAUCUAAUCAAAGCCUCUUUAAUGAGAAAGUCUUAACUCUUUAUUUAUAA